UGCUUCGUGAGCCGCAGCAGGGCCGCUCGUGUGCGUGGGGGGGAACGCACGCGUGAAGGUGGCUGGGGAUUCGGGGUCGGGGUGGUGCCCGGCUCCGGGCUCCGCUCCCCGUAGCGGUGAGGGCCCCGCGUGCUGGGUUCGGCUGCCUCGGUGCCCGGCAGCAGCCCUGGCUGCUCGGCGGAGCCUCCGGCGUCCCUGCCCUGCCCGAUGACGAACGGCUUCUGCAGCUCGCCCUGUGUAAACUGCCGCCGCGGCUCUCCCAGCUCCCUGCCUGCCCGCUGGCUUUGUGAGCGGCUCAGCCGGCUCCGGGCACGGUUACGUGGCCGGGCUGCGAGCGGCGAGGCUGGGCGGGGGUGAUUUCUGCGCUGCCCUCAGCCUGGGAGCGCGGCUGGCCCGGCUCUGCAGGCUGCUCUUGCACCACGCUGCCGUAGCUGCAGGAGGCGAAGCGGCGACGCUGCAGCCCGUUGAACCUCUCCGGAGCAGCGUGGCCAGCUGGGAUGCGGAACAGACGUGGGGUCUGCGUUGAGUAAACGCCCUGGGUCCCCGCUUCCCCGCUGUCAGGGCUGCCUGCGGCUCCGGACCUCUUCCCUUGGCUCAGGGCCGGCUGCUCGCGUGACCCGGGGGCGCGUGCGGAGCCGCCCCGCAGGAAGCGGAGCCCGGCUGCGGCGCCUCUGCCGCUUCCGCUCGGGGGUGGGACGGGGCAGGCAGGGCUCGUCCUGUCUGGGGACCCUGGGGUGGCCCUGGUGGCACCCAGCGGGAGCCCUGCGGAGGCACCGAGUCAGCGGGCUGCGGGGCAGGAGGCUGGCCCUGCUGCGGCACGUGCUCGCCCGUCGCCGUCACCUUUCGCCUGGGGACGAGCGGUGCCUGCGCAUCCCCGGAGCAUCCUCCUGAAGGGUCGUCCAGGCAGGGGCUGCAGCGGAGCGGCCGCGGGAGGGGAAGGAAGAAGAAAAAUCCUGCACGCGGAGGCAGAAACGGAGGCAGGAGGGAGGGACCAUGUCCACGCGGCGCCUGCGCAGCGAGGACUACAACGACUACAGCUCCACGGACGUCACGCCGGAGGGGAGCCCGCCCGGGGGCAUCAACGGCUUCGCGCACCCCGAGUCCUACCAGCGCUUCGGGGAGACCAACGGCACCACGUGGUACCAGACCCUGAUCCACCUCCUGAAGGGGAACAUCGGCACGGGGCUGCUGGGGCUGCCUCUGGCUCUGAAGAAUGCCGGCAUCCUGCUGGGUCCUCUGAGCCUGCUGGUGAUGGGCGUCGUGGCCGUGCACUGCAUGAGCAUCCUGGUGAAAUGCGCCCAUCACUUCUGCUACAGAUUCCAGAAGCAGUUUGUGGACUACGGAGGUGCCGUGAUGUACGGGCUGGAGUCCACCCCCAGCGCCUGGCUGCGGACACACGCCGUCUGGGGAAGGCGUGUGGUGGGGCUCUUCCUGAUCCUCACUCAGCUGGGUUUCUGCUGCGUGUACUUCGUCUUCCUGGCGGACAACCUGAGGCAGGUCGUGUCCGCUGCCAACGGCACCACCACCGACUGCCACUCGAACCGGACGGUGGCCCUGACCCCCACCAUGGACUCCCGGCUCUACAUGCUCUCCCUGCUGCCUUUUGUGGUGCUGCUGUCGUUCAUCCAGAACCUCAAGGUCCUGUCCAUCUUCUCCAUGCUGGCCAACGUGGCCAUGCUGGUCAGCCUUGUGGUCAUCUACCAGUACAUCGUCAGGGACAUUCCCGAUCCCAGCAACCUGCCCCUGGUAGCAGCCUGGAAGACCUACCCUCUGUUUUUUGGCACGGCCAUCUUUGCUUUUGAAGGCAUCGGGGUGGUGCUGCCUCUGGAAAACAAGAUGAAGAACCCCCGGCAGUUCCCGCUGAUACUCUACGUGGGGAUGACGAUUGUCACCGUCCUGUACAUCAGCCUGAGCGUGCUGGGGUACCUGCGCUUCGGGGCGAGCAUCCAGGCCAGCAUCACGCUCAACCUGCCCAACUGCUGGUUAUACCAAGCUGUCAAGCUGCUCUUCUCCUUUGGGAUUUUCUUCACGUACGCUGUGCAGUUCUACGUGCCCGCCGAGAUCAUCAUCCCUCCCCUCGUCGCCCGGGUGUCAGAGCGCUGGGGCUGGGUGGUCAACCUACUCCUCAGGGUGGCCCUGGUUAGCGUGACCUGCGUGCUGGCCAUCCUCAUCCCGCGCCUGGACCUUGUCAUCUCGCUGGUGGGCUCCGUCAGCAGCAGCGCCCUGGCUCUCAUCUUCCCCCCGCUGCUGGAGAUCGCCACGUACUACGUGGAGGGCAUGCACCCCCUGGUCAUCGCCAAGGACGUGGCCAUCAGCCUCAUCGGCUUCGUGGGCUUCGUGGUGGGGACGUACGAGGCGCUGGUGGAGCUGGCUACGCCCGCUGCCGUUAUCAAUGCCACCAGCGUCUUGGUGCAGUGACGGUCCCCCUGGCCCCUCUGAGUGCUCUGCUGGGGGCACGAGGGCCAGGUGCUGCUGGGGAUGCUCUCCCUUCUCUCCUGCAAAUCCCGGUGGGUUUGGGACGGGCCUAUCUGGCUGGGGAGGAGGGAUCUGGCCCUGGCUGGGGCAGUGCCUGCCUCGGGGGCAGGUGACACAGCAAAGCAAGCCCCCUCGGCACUCCUGUAAAUAGGCAUUUUGGGAGGGGGAGGAAUCCUGGGCAUGUAGAUUUUAUUUUUAUUUUUUUAAAUCCCAACCUUUCCGUAUUUCCCCCAUCCUUUCAGUCAGGGUGGGGAACAGGGACUGCUCUUCUCCGUGCCAGUUUUCUUUUUCUCCCUUUUCCCACCCCUCAGCACUUUAUUUUGUGGCAACAGAGAGACCUCAGCUCA